AUAAAAACAUUUUUUUUUAUCUUCUCCUUCUUGGCAAGAGGGAAGACAGACACCAGAUAGAAACUCUCUUUACCUUUCUUGUUGUCAUCUCUAAUGGGCAACACAGGCUUCUUCUCUCUCUCACUCUCCGCCCUUACAGAGAGUCUUCGUUUAUUCCUUCUCAAGUCUCAAUCAAAUCCUUCAUUACUGCUCAAAUCUCUCGAAACUCUUAUUUGUUAGUAUGCGACUCUCUACCACUUUGUUUCUAUUCGAUCCCGAAUUUUCUUUUGGGUUCUAGCUCUGCGAUUUUCUUUUUUCUCUACUUUUAUCUACUCUGCUUGUUUUUGGCGGAAUUUUUUUGUUGUAAACUUAGUGUAAGAGAAUAAAUUGGAGAUCUUUCGUGUAAUAUAGUAGAUUCGAAGGAUCUUACCCCGUUUGAGAAGCUCUUGUUGUUUUUCUUGCUUAUGAGAUUAUUAUUUUGGCAAAAAUUAUAGUUCAACCUGUUUUGUAUUGAGUUAAUUAGGGACGUUAAGGUGUGCAAGAAGGACCCAUUUGGGAAUUUACUUGAAUUGACGAAUCCAGGGUUUCAUAAAUCUGCUUAUCUCCUUAUAUUCCCAUUGUUUGAAUUCAUUUCAGUUUUUGGGUUUCGAGGCUGAGUCCUUUGUUUCUGGUCAAAAAAUUUCCUUCUUUUUCUGAAACUAAAUAAAUUCGGCUGGUGGGUUUUCCUCUUGUCAUGGAUUACGGUGGAGAUUUUGGGCAGAUAAUCCCUGAAACCCGUGGCAUCGGUGGUGGUGGAGGAGAUAAUUGGAUUCCUGGGUUGGGUGACCAAGCAAUUUGGGCUACGGAGGAGGAUUACGGAGCGUGGACGGGAGAUGCCUCUGCUGACACUCCUUCGAACUCGAAUUAUGAUGGGAGACAGUCUCAAACUCGAUCUGGGAGCGAACCUCCGAAUAAGAAAUCCAGAGGAGAUUCCCAAGGAAGUGGUUUAAGCAGAGACCGUGAUCGAUCCAAAGCGAUUGGGAAGAUGUUCUUCAAGACUAAACUCUGCUGCAAGUUUCGUGCAGGGACUUGCCCCUACAUCACUAAUUGCAACUUUGCUCAUGGGAUUGAAGAGCUUCGUAAGCCUCCUCCCAAUUGGCAGGAAAUUGUUGCAGCCCAGGAGGAGGAGCGAGGUGUAUCCUCAGAGCCCAGGGAAGAACACCAGAUUCCAACUAUUGUUUCUGUUGGGAGCGGAGAGACUCAGAGGUCUUAUAAAGGGAGGCAUUGUAAGAAGUUCUACACUGAUGAGGGGUGCCCCUAUGGAGAUAAUUGCACUUUCCUCCAUGAUGAGCAGUCUAAAGCUCGGGAGAGUGUGGCCAUCAGUUUGGGUCCAACUGUUGGUAGUGGGUAUGGUAACAAUGGGAAUGGAGCAAACCAGAAGCCUUCGAAUUGGAAAACUAGGAUCUGUAACAAGUGGGAGAUGACUGGGUACUGCCCAUUUGGAAGCAAGUGCCACUUUGCUCAUGGCUUAAGCGAGUUGCACAGAUAUGGUGGAGGACUUGUGGAUACGGAAGGUAGAGACUCUACAGCCCCUCCUGACUCGAAGCAAGUCGGACUGUCCUCAAAGAUCCAGACGGAUACUGCAGUAGCUGCAUCAAUUACUCAUUCUGAUGUUUAUCACAUGGCAGUUCCAUCACAGAGGUCUUUGGCGUUAAGCCAGAGGCAAGGGCAGAGACCUCUUCAGAAAUGGAAGGGCCCCGACAAGAUCAGCAGGAUAUAUGGUGAUUGGAUUGAUGAUUAUGAGGGGGAACCAGCUCGAUAGUUGGAAAAAAUGCUCGAGGAAUUGGCAAUUGCACAGAAUAUUUUUUGGACUAAUUGAUGUGGACUGAAAGUUAUGGUUUGAAUCGUCCAACACUCCAACCUAAUGAGCUCCGCAGCUCUAGUUCUGGUUUGAGGAUACAUUGUUGUCGUCUAUGUAGUAUCAUUUGAGUUCUUGUCUUACCUUCAAUUGUCUAGUUGCUGUAAGACUUCAACUUUCAGGAUCAGAAAAUUUGGAGCUGCAAUCACCCUUGUAACCUGAUGUCUUUAUUAAUCACAGUUGAAAUGCCAUAUUGCCCUAGUUUUUUUGACCCAACAUCUUCAUUGCUGUACUACGACUACGAGUGAAUUUUACCAGUAAUAGAUCUCUGAUCUCUUUAGUAUC